AUGUUGGACUUUUCCAAUGCUGAUUUUGAUGUCAAUAUUCUUCAAGACCCUGUAGAAUCUCCGGUUAUUGAACUUACUUUUCCGCUUCCCACAGAUCAUGAAACUUAUGUAGAACUCGACGGGAAUGAGAAAGUUGCUAAUACUUGGGCACUUUUCCAAAAUUUUGUACAUUUCUUCACUGGGAUCGAUUGGGAUCACAUUUAUAAAAAUAAUGAAUAUCGUUACUCAAUCAAUAAAUAUUCUCCAGAAUUUAAUAAGAAGCUGGAAGAAUACAUGAGAAAUCGCCUUGAACACACAGAUGAAAAACUUGAUGAAUUAGUAGAAUCCUUAGUAACUAAGGAAAUUCAACUCAAUUUGAUUCCAGGGAAAGAUUUCCAUAAAAGAUUUAAAGAGGUUAAAAAAUUUAUGGUUGAUUAUUAUAUGAGAGAAAAUGCCAAAAAUCUACCACAAUUCACUCUGAGAGGACAUCUUAGAAUUUUUUAUAUAACGAUUAUGGGGAUAAUGAGGAAGAUGUUCCCUAAUGGUGUUUGGUGUAAUCGGGAACAACUCUCAAAGCUUUAUAAACAGUACUUGAAGGAUCCAAUGUCAAUAAUAUUCCUCCCAAAUCAUCAAUCCCAUAUAGAUUACAUUAUUUUACAUUUGAUUGCAAUUAGGUUUCAAAUUUCCACUCCAACUGUGAUUGCUGGAGAUAAUUUAAAUGUUGCCGUCUUUGGUGGUAUUUUGAAAAGUUUAGGUGCCAUAUUUAUUAAAAGAUCUUUUAACAAUGAAUUAUAUACUGAGAGAAAUUUGGCUAAUUAUAUUGAAUUUACUUUGUUAAAUAAGAUUCAUUUUGAGGUCUUUAUCGAGGGAACUAGAUCAAGAGAUGGGAAACUUCUUCUACCAAAAUAUGGGAUUUUGAAAACUUUAACAAAUAUUUAUCUUAAGCAAAGAGAAGAAGAAGAGAAUAACGAAUUUGAUCUUCUUAUGCAACCAUUAUCAAUCACUUAUGAAAGAAUUUAUGAAGCUGAUGGAUAUUUGAAUGAACUUAUGGGUAAGGAUAAAAAACAAGAAUCAGUUACAACUAUCUUCAAAAAUGGUAUUACACAUUUUUUCUCCCCAGCACAAUCAUAUAAUCACGAAAAAUUAGAAUCUCAUAGUAUUACAUACAACAAGGGAAGCUAUGAUAAUUCAACUAAGCAUUUACAUGGUAAAAUCUUUGUGAAAUUGGGAAAUUUCUUCAAACUAUCCGAAUUUAUUGAAGAUGAUUUAAAAAAUACCAAUGUUCCACUUGAUUUAAUUCCUGGAUCCAAAGUAAAUUUAAAGAAAUUGGGGUUUAAAAUCUUACACGAAAUCAACCGGGCACUGUACUUACCAGAGGUAUCAAUUAUUGGGAGUUCACUUAAUACUUAUUACAAUUUAAAUAAACUGACCCGCUUUCCAAUUAGCCUGUUGAUUCCAACUAUGAGACUUUUAAUGGAUGCAUUCCAAAGGGAAGAAACGGCCGCAAAUAAUAAAACCAAUAUGCAACAUUUAUCAAACUUAUCGAACAAUUCGGAUGAAGACUUGAUACAAGUUGUCAAAGAGCAAGUUCCUCAAUUUUUCAGAGACAUUAAGGUGAAUUUAAUCACCAAUGAAAUUAUCAUAGAUGAUUCAAUGGAACUCUUAUAUUAUAAAAAUUUAACAGUUCAUAUAAUUAUUCACAAGAGUUUAGCAAGUUUUAUCUUGUUGAGUAUACCAAAUGAAAUGAGGUCUGCUAAUACGAUACAUAAGAUGUUUUAUAUCUUUACUGGAUUUUUAAAGAAUGAGUUUUUAUUUGACUAUGAUUAUAACCCAGAACAUCAAUUGAGUAACAUCUUGGAAAGUCUUAUUGAAUUGAAUAAAAUUAGUAAAGACUAUAAAAUCAUUGAUUACCAAUAUUUGAACUGUUUUAGUGAAGUUGUGAAACCAUUUUUAGAAUCAUAUCUGUUAUGUAUAUACAACAUUCAUGAGAUCAUUACCACGUUUAAUGAAAAGAAUGGAAUUAUUGACUUCAAACAAUUACUUAUUGAUGAUAAGGGAAUUGAUUUCCCUCAUACUAAAUCGUUGUUGAAAUUAAUUCAAUCAAAGCAGAAAUCAAAGAAAUUGGUUCAUAUUGAGUCUACUAACAAGCAAUAUUUGUUGUCAUGCUUAUACUAUUUGAACAAUCUACAAUUGAUUGAUAUAAUUAAAAACAAGGCUAGAACAAAGGCGUACGUGGUGAUUACAAACGGGAAAGAUUUACUAUUUGUUUACAAAUUCUUACGCGGAUUAUUAAAUGGAGAUGAUACAAUAACUAACAUUUCUGUUGGGUAUAUGAUUGAUAUUAUCGAUAAGAAUUUUGAUAGAAAUUUUGAAUUGGCACCCGCUGACUCAAAGGUAAUUGCUAGCAUUGCUGAUGUUAAAUUGAGAAGUCGUUUAUAG